GGCAACAAUGAAUGGUAGUCUCAAUUUUUAGAAUCGUUGACCUUAAAUAACCUUGUUGACAUUAUCCUAAAUCUAAUCCUAACCUUCAAUAAUGGCUUGUCGGAUUCUCUCAAGAUAUGCAAUGAAACACAAAUUAUCAAAUUUUAGAAAUCAUAGACUGUUAUGUGAAGCUUUUAUUGACUCUAGUAGUCAGAAGUCGAGAGGUACCUUUGGCCUGAUAUUUGACAUUGACGGUGUGCUGGUGCGAGGCAGAAUGCCACUUCCUGGUGCUGAAAAAGCAUUCCAGCGAUUGGUGGAUAGCCAUGGAAAGUUUAUUUUCCCCACUGUUUUUGUGACAAACUCGUGUUAUGGCUCACCUGCGAAAAAAGCUCAGCAUUUGUCACAAUGGCUGAAAGUAAAGAUAAGUGAGGAGCAGGUGGUAAUGGCCUACUCUCCAUUGAAGAUGUUUCAGCAAUAUUUUGACCAACAGGUCUUUGUUUGUGGCCAAGGACCAGUUUAUGAUAUAGUGAAAGAAAUGGGUUUUAAAAAAAUAAGUACCAUUAUGGACUUAAGAAAAUCUUUUCCUUUUUUGGAUGCUGUUGAUCACCAACUUCAAAAGGCACAGCCCGGAGUGAGUGAUGUCAGGGAUGAGCAUGAUUUUCCACAAAUCAAAGCUGUACUUUUAGUUGGAGAACCUUUGGCAUGGGAAACAGCCUUGCAGCUUCUCAUUGACUUGUUAGUGACGAAUGGUCUUCCGUCUCAUGCCCCUACAAUGGAUCACUACCCUCAUAUUCCACUGCUUGUGUGCAACAUGGAUCUUCAGUGGAUGGCGGAAGCAUGCAUGCCGAGGUUUGGACAUGGUGCAUUCCUCCUCUGUUUAGAGAGUCUGUACAAGAAGAUCACUGGUCAUGAUUUGCUCUAUACAUCUUUACUAGGCAAACCCAGUCUGGACACUUACAAGUUUGCACAUUUCAUGUUGCAGCAGCAUGCCAAGCAAAUUGGCAUUUCUUGUAAUGUUGAGAAGAUCUAUGCUUUUGGCGACAACAUUUGUACUGAUGUUUUUGGGGCAAACAACUACAACCAGUUCCUGACAUCUGAGAGUGCGAGCGGUAGCACUUUUUGUAGGAGCAUUCUGGUGAAGGUAAUAUUCUCCUGCACAGGUGUGUAUGGAGGUGAGACACAUACAUACCUCCAUCAUUUCCCAAGAGAUUUCCACCCAGUGGAUAAAAAACUGUGCAUACCUGAAUUUGUCAUUGAAGAUGUUUUUGCAGGAGUUGAGCUUGUUUUCAGAGAAGAAGGCAUUGUCAGCUGAUAAAUUCUGGUUUUUAGUAAUGUACAUUUUACAUUGUUGGUCCUUUUUGUAUACUCAAGUUGGAUGGAUUAAAAUUUUAUAGUAUGUUA